AUGGUGGCGGGUCCAGGAGCCGGAGCGUGGCCCGUCCCGCCGUGCAGGGGCCCCUACGAGUACGUGCUGAGGCUGCGGCCGGACCUCUACACCGCCAAACACACCCAGUGGUUCUACUUCCGCGUCCAAAACACCCGCAAGGACCCCCUCUACCGCUUCACCAUCGCCAACCUGGCCAAGCCCAAGAGCCUCUACGGCCAGGGGCUGCGGCCCCUGCUCUACUCCCAGCGGGACGCCCAGAGCCGCGGUGUGGGCUGGCGCCGGGUGGGGACCCACGUCCGCUACUACCGGGGUGCGGAGGAAAAGGAGGAGGAACCGGCCACCUUCCGCCUCUCCUGGACGGUGCGGUUCCCCCACGACAGCGACACUUGUUUCUUCGCCCACUCCUACCCCUACACCUACUCCGACCUGCAGCGGUACCUGGCGGGGCUGGCGGGCGACCCUGCCUGCUCGCGGUACUGCGCGGUGCGGGCGCUGUGCCGCAGCCUGGCCGGUAACACCGUCUACCUGCUGACCAUCACCAGCCCCGCCGGCACGGGGGCGGCCAAGCGGGCGGUGGUGCUGAGCGCCCGCGCCCACCCCGGGGAGAGCGGAGGGUCCUGGGCCAUGAGGGGGUUCCUGGAUUUCCUCCUCGGCCCCCACCCCGACGCCCGGCUGCUGCGCCGCCUCUUCGUCUUCAAGGUGGUGCCCAUGCUCAACCCCGACGGGGUGGUGGUGGGCAACUCCCGCUGCUCCCUGGCGGGACGCGACCCCAACAGGGCCUACGGGACGGCGCUGCCGGGCUCCUUCCCCGGCGUGUGGCACCUGCGGGCCAUGGUGGAGAGGGUGCUGGCAGAGAGGGAGGUGGUGCUGUACUGCGACUUCCACGGGCACAGCCGGAAGAACAAUGUCUUCAUGUACGGCUGCGACGGCGGCGCCGGGCUGCGGCUGCUCCAGCGCGUCUUCCCCCUGAUGCUGAGCAAAAACGCCCCCGACAAGUUCUCCUUCCCCAGCUGCAAGUUCAAGGUGCAGAAGAGCAAAGCAGGGACGGGCAGGGUCGUCAUGUGGCGCAUGGGCAUCUCCAACAGCUACACCAUGGAGGUGGCCUUCGGCGGCUCCACGCUGGGCGGCAGGAACUCACACUUCACCCUGGAGGAUCUCAAGGCGCUGGGCUACCACCUCUGCGACACCCUGCUCGACUUCUGCGACCCCCAUCCCGCCAAGGUGGGCUCACACCGCGGCGCCCAGACUGGUCCCAGUGCCACAGGGGGGGGAAUCCUAGGUGACGCUGGCUCCGUCCUGCAGCUCCAGCAGUGCCUGUCGGAGGUGGACGCGCUGCUGCGGCAGCGGCUGGGCCGGGAGCCGGGCUCCAGAUGGAGCGACGUCUCCACCUCGGAGCUGGAGUCCAGCACCAGCGGUUCCGACAGCUCCGUGUCCGACGGGCCCCCCGCUCCCCUCCACGGCACGGCCCGGCCGGUGAGUCACCAAGUGCCACUGCUUUUGGGGUGGGAGGGAUGA